GCUGUGAUUUAGCGAGCUCCCCCGGAUCGAAGCCGGUGAUCUUUGCUCCUUAUAAUAUGGGAUUUUCCGUUAGCAAAAUGAGUGAUUUGAAUUUUCUUCCGAAGAAACACACUAAUUUCAGUAUCGAAAAUAUUUUGUUGAAAAAUACAAGCUCCACUGCGAGGACAGUGGAAGUCGAACACAAAGUGGAUCUUACAGUGAAGACUUGUGUGAAAUACGAACAUAAUGACUUCAAACCAUCAUCAUCUGCUUUCAUAUCGGCGACGGCGCCAUCGUCUUCGACGCCUAACCAUCGGCCCCUGAAUCGAGUUCUUGCCAAUCCUUGGUGCUCCCGAGGACCGUUCAUGUUUGACCCAAAGAUUACAGCCAGCGUAAAACCAGCGACGGUCAUCGAAUCAACCGUUGCAACCGCAGCUGCUGCUACGGCAACACCAAUAGCGCCUGCUGCCAGCAGCUCGUUGAUACCUCUGAUAAAAACGGAAGUUGAGAGAAAAGUGAUGCUAAGCGCGUAUGCUAAUAGCGGUGUAAUUGAACGAAACAGAUUAUCUGUCAAUUAUCCCUAUCCGGUUGGGCUCUUCAAUGCCUAUGCUGCUGCCGCAUCGAUGGCGACCCAACAGUUUCAUCACCAGCAGCAACAGCAUCAACUGCAACAUCCAAACAGUGUCACAACUCCGAGCGUCCUGAAUAGCGUAUGCCAAAUCGAAAAAAGUGAUGAAAACCAAAACAGUAUUUUUAGUGCUUCGAGCAGCGCCAGCACGAGUGUUAACGGAAAUGAUAUACGUCCAUUUUUCGGACUGGAUACUGGGGAUAUUUUGGGGUACAAUCUGCCACCAAAGACAGCGACGCCCGUCGGCUCGUUUCCACUGGCCUUCCCGGAGUACUCGUUUCACUGCCAAAUUUGUGAUAAGAUUUUUGGCACCCAUGAUACUCUUCUGACGCACGAGAAAACACACAAAACGCCCCGCUUCGAAUGUGAGGAAUGCGGAAAAGGGUUCUCUCAGCUGCGCAAUUACAAGUACCACAUAUCCGUCCACCGUGGAACGAAGGAAUUCGCCGCAAAAUGUCCGGAGUGCGGCAAAGUAUUCAACGACAAGGGAUAUCUGAGCAGUCACUUGAAAAUACAUAGAAACAAAAAAGAGUACGCCUGUCCGCACUGUCCAAAGUCUUUCAAUCAGCGGGUAGCGUUUAACAUGCACAUUCGAAUACACACAGGCGUAAAACCUCACAAAUGUAAUGAAUGCGGCAAGAGAUUUUCCAGGAAAAUGCUUCUAAAACAACAUCUGCGUACUCAUUCAGGCGAGAAACCUUAUCAGUGCUCAGUUUGCGGCAAAAGCUUUGCUGACCGGAGCAACAUGACGCUACACCAUCGGUUGCACUCAGGAAUCAAACCUUUCGCUUGUCCAAUAUGCCCCAAGGCAUUCACUAAAAAGCAUCAUCUGAAAACACAUCUCAACUAUCACACGGGCUACAAGCCGUACAAAUGCCCUCAUCUUAAUUGUGGCCAAACCUUCACCCAGUCCAGCAACAUGAGAACGCAUGCGAAGAAAUGCCAGUUCAAGCCACCCAGUUUACCUUCGUAGUAUGGAGCAUAGCUCGAAGCAGAUCGAGGAUUAUUUAACAAUAGCAAUAAUGUAGCAAUUUCCCAAGACACUGCGUUUCAUAGCUAUAGAACCACUCAUUUUUUCUGAGUUUUCAGAGAUAUGCAAGACUUCGGUUGAAUUGAAGUAUAUAGAGUAGGAUAUAAUAACUAUCUUCAUCUAUAAGAUUGGCCAUUUUAACUUUAUUGUAGCGUCCAGGCGCGAAACAUUCAAAAAACUUAAAUUCCGGUGUUUCAUUACUAUAGAACCAGAUGGAACAACUCUCACUCCUUUGCAAAACUAAGGUCAAUUUCACAUGAAUUACAAUAAGUUUCUAACUCGUAGGUAAUCUUUAGUUCUCAAUCAGUUCAAAUAACCCAUUGGGGGGGAGGUGUAUCUCGUUCUACACAGAGGAUACUGGGGAUGGGGGGAUUGGUUUCGACCAAACUCUGCCAUACUGUAGGGUGUAUCUCGUUCUACACAGAGGAUACUGCUCGUCUAAGCUCCUAUUCAUGAUAGGGUUCUGAUCUGGUAAACAAGCUGACCAGUCCAGAAUCUGAAGUCCCUAUUCAUUAAACGAUGUCAUGACUUUCCGGAUUUUCUUAACACUUUCGACGCCCCGUCACCCAGAUAUGGGUGACACUUUCCUCGCUCGAAUUGAGUAGGAUUUUCAGAAGGUAGAAUAGGCAUCUAAAUGUAACUAUAGGAUAUGGAGAAAAAUAAUAAAAUCAUAACCAUAAUAUUAUGCUGUUUAUACUAUACUUUUUUAUUAAUUUAUAGUACGGAUGGUUUG